AUGGACGACUACCUCGCCCCGCUCGCCGGGCACCCCAUCCUGAGGGGCAGCAGCUCCUUCACCUUCCUCAUCCUCAGCCAGCACCAGCUCAUCACCGCCACACACCCGGAACUCAGGCUGCUCUCGCUGGCCGCGCUCAAGACCCGCCCCGAGAGCCACCGCCAGUACUCGCUGCUCGUCCCCAACCCCCCCUCAGCCCUGCCGACGGGGCCCGUCACCACCCUCAGCGCCAACCCCAGCGAGCGGCUGCUGGCCGUGUGCUCGGCCGACCAGCUCGCAGUCCUCAGCCUCCCCCGCACAGAGGAACACGCCGGCCCCUCCAGGCAGAUCGAAUGCCCGACGACGCCCGUCCGGACCGAGCCCGGCCUGCCGAUCGCCAAGCUGCUCUGGCACCCCUGGAGCCAUCGCGCCAGCACCCUGCUCGUCCUCUACCCAACCGGCAUCCUCCACGAGUUCGACAUCGCCACAGACGCACUCCACCCGGCCCAGACUAUCAACUUCAACUCGCCCUACAGCCUCCUGGGCCCCCCCGCGCCCAUCGCAUCCAGCCCAUCCUUCGACGGCCAUCCCUCGCUGAUCUCCAGCUUCCAGCAGGUCUCCUUAAACCCCAAAAGACAGCCAUCGCAUCACCCCCCCAGCAAAUCCAAACCUAGGCUCUCCUCCGCAUCUAUCCCACCCCCCGCCAGGCACCAAUCUGGCCCCCACAGGUCUACUUCCCGAGGAACCUAUGGAGCCGCACAUGCCGCCUCAUCCACCGCCGUCUCAAUAUGCUUCGGAGCUGGCACCGGCGACUGGGGUCCUCUAACACUCUAUGCGAUCAUGCUCAAUGGGGACAUGUAUGCCAUCUGUCCCUACCUACCCAAGAACGCGGUGAUUCCACUUUCCUACAGGAAUUCAUUGCUGUUCUUCUUGACGGCCAAGCUCGAGUCGAUCUAUACUACAGCCGGCACGGGGAAGAAACUGAUGGACAUCCAGGGACCUUUAGAGCAAUCGCUAGACUAUCUGAACUCGCUCUCGGACGUCCCAGACGAGCCGAUAGACGAGCUGGAUUCCGAGGAGGAGCAUGGCCCGGAGGAAGGGGCGAAAAGGAAUCGGAGGAAGGAGCGGUUCAAGGCGCUCGUCACCCCGCUCCGUCAAGGCCCGUUCUUACUGACUCCCUCGCCGAUCGAGACGAACGAGAACGAGGAGGAAACCGUGUCCGAUCUGCUCCAUUUCCGCUACUCAGCAUUAUCAUCCACACGCCAGAGGAACUCGGCCGCUGCUGAACCUAACCCUGCGGAUCCGAAUAACGCUGGCGUGGGCGUGUUCGUGAUAGCCUACCAGAGCCGACUCGACGUCUGCAUAGAAGUCGAGAAAAUCGAGCCGCGCUGGGUGCCCUCUUCGGAUGCGAAUACCAAAGCAGGAAAGCCGACGACGACGACGACGACUGAGCUGCCGAUGCUGCUCACCUACGAAUCCAUCGAUCUGCACCUCAGGGACGGGCCCUCGGAGAUGAUCCGGGAGUUAAGUCCGCUGCGGAUGACCUUAGACGUGCGCUACAAGGACAUGAUCUACGUGUCCCAUGUGCGCGGACUCCAUGUGGUGUUGAUGCAGCCCUGGCUGGAGGGUCUUUUGGAGGGGGAGGUCGACGCGGGCCAUAAGAACAAGAGGGGCAGCCUGGUCAGCUGGCUGAUCCAGUCCUAUGGCAGCGGCUUUGGGAUCGCCGGCGUGAGCAUCGUUGACGACGCGUAUCUGGGCUGCAAUCUCCUGGCGUUCACCGACAUUGGCCAGUUGAUCCCGAUACCGUUCAGCCAUAGGCUCGCGCCGCCUCCGGCGGCGGCCGCCACAGCGGACACCAAAGGCCCACUCGAGCAGCUCAUGGCCGCGCCCCCGCUCUUACGCCGCUCGACCAGUCGGGGCGCGUCGGGCUUGUUAGGCGAAGUCUGGACGGUCCCGGCGCCUUUGGCGAGCAAUGCCCGGGGACCAGGGCUCAAUGGGCCCCCACCCACCUCAGCAACCACCGCGUCAGCCGCACUUAAACACGCACACGAAGUGUCCGCUCAGGUGGACCAGUACAUCCGGCGUCUGGUCGAAGCCAUCAACCUGGGGCAAGACAGACUGACGCUCCAGAUCAAAGAGUUCCAAUGCCAGAUCCGAAAACUGGCGCACUACCCGACCUGUCUCAACGCGCUCAACCAACACUCGCAGGCCCAACUUGGGCGGAUCCAGGCCAUCGAGCGCGGCCAGAAAGCGCUGCUCAAAAAGGCCGACCUCGUCCUCCAGAAACUCGCCGACGACCGCAAUCGCAUCCUCUCGAGGGAAGAGACUCGGUGGUUCGCCGAGCUAGAUCGGAUGGCCCUCGAGGUCUUCGGCGACCCUGACGGGGACAGAAGAGGGCUCAAAGCGUCCAUCGACCAGCUGAAGAGUCAGUUGGAAGCGACCAAGGCGCGUCUCCGUGCCGACUCGCAACCCGCGCCGGGCCUCGAAGCGGGCCAAGGGAAGAGCACGACGAUGGCGGCCAAGAAGACGAUGGGCGAGAGUCAACUGGUGCCGAUAUACCACAAGCUGGAACAAGCGAACGGGUGCUUGGCCGUUAUCCAUGAUCAGAUCAACAAGAUUAACAAAACGCUGGCCAACAAGCCGGCCGCGUAA